AUGAUUUCGGAGCGCUCCGCAGCGGCCCCGCGCUCCGAGGACGCCCCUCGACGCCGGGAUCGCCGCGGGCUCUGCUCCAGCCCCGGAGGGGACAUUGGCACCCGGUCACGCUCGUGCCCCCGCGGGCCCCGCUUGCCGCCCGCGAGCGCCUCCCUCUCCGUCUCCGAGCGGCCUUCGGAGCCCCGGGAGCGGGAUGAAAGCGCCGGCGCCUCCGCGUGCUCCGGCCUCGGGAUCACCCGGGACGGAGGCCGAGCCCAGGCGGGAGCAGGGGGGUCCCCGUUCCCGAUGGGACGUGCGCCGCUCCGGCGCGCGCCGCGUUUCCCUGUGGACCCCAAGGAGCAGCAGCCCCUUGGGCUGCCGGGAAAAGGGUGCCAGGAUGCUCCCGAUCCCAUCCCGGCAGCCCCUUCCCAUCCAUCGUGGUCCUUCCCCACGGCUGCCGCCGGCUCCGCUCGCUCACACGUUCCCUUCUCUCUCCCUCCCCUCUUUUCCAGGAUCCCGUUCAAGAUCGGGCAGCCCAAGAAACAGAUUGUACCCAAGACAGUGGAGAGGGACUUUGAGAGGGAAUAUGGAAAGCUCCAGCAAUUGGAAGAUCAGACCAAAAAACUUCAGAAGGAUAUGAAGAAAAGCACAGAUGCAGACUUGGCCAUGUCCAAGUCAGCCGUCAAGAUCUCCUCGGACCUGCUGGCAAACCCGCUCUGCGAGCAGGAUCCCGCCUUCCUGGACAUGGUGACGGCCUUUGACACGGCGAUGAAGAGGAUGGACUCCUUCAACCAGGAGAAGGUGAAUCAGAUCCAAAAGACAGUCAUAGAGCCGCUGAAAAAGUUUGACACAGGGUCAGUUUUUUUUUGCCCCAACGUGGCAGUGAAGCGGCGCGAGCAGACGCUGCAGGACUACCGGCGGCUGCAGGCCAAGGUGGAGAAGUACGAGGAGAAGGAGAGAACCGGCCCCGUCCUCGCCAAGCUGCACCAGCCGCCAGCAGAGCUCGGCAUGAGCCCCAGCGCGCUCUUGGACCCGGAUCCGGCACGUUUGGACCCGGAGCCAGUGCAUUUGGACCCGGAUCUGGCGCGUUUGGACCCAGAGCCAGCCUGGCACGGGCACCGCUCCAGCCUGGCCCUGCAGCGAGGGGGUCGAGGCAGCAAAGGGGCGUGA